AUCCUGAGGGGAUCAAAUCUCUUGCAGGCAGGAAUUGGGCUAUUUGGCACGCCUACUUGCAACCAAUCCUGGGCUAUGUCAAGCCCGACGCUAAUCAGGACCGCAUCCCUCACCUGAGGCUGAGGGAAGAAAAAUUUUCUCCCACGGGAUUUGAGCUCGAGGGGUGUUGGGUUGGACCACGCCCAAAUUGGCUGCCCAAUUAAGGAAGGAACAAAUCAAAGCCAAAUCCCCCGGAUUACUGAGGUAGGCACUUAACUUUUUUUUUUAUAAAAAAAACAUUUGUUUUAAAGAUCGUGAAGAGGGAUCCGGAUCGGCUCCAGCCUCUGCCUUCGCCUUCGCCUUCGUCGAUUUGAGAGAGAUUCGCCAUUCUACGCGAUCAUGGUGUGCUUAGCCUGCCUUCUGCCCCUCUUUCUCAUCCCAGUCGUCAACGCCUUGCCGUUGCUGGUGGAUUUCAUCCUCGGUAAGGUCUAUAGACUUUUUGGCUGGGAGUACAGGAAACCUGAAAGGGUUCCUCCUGCUUGUCCUUACAAGCCUGUGAACAAGAAGGAUACUCAAGGUGGCAACGAAACCCUCACACAACCAGAGUCUCAGAAAGUCGCUGUAGAUGAUAAGCAAGACUGACGCUCCGCCAUUCUAUUUGCUGCAAAGUUUGUGGGGUCCAUGUGUAGCACUUCCUUUGCUUGCAGAUGGAUCACGAUAUCCAAACUUCUGGAAAAUAAAACAUAAGUAUUGUAAGACCAACAAGCAUCAUUUCUUUUGCAAAUUGUUUGCUGCCCUUUUUUCAACAUAGUACGUUCCCCCAUUCAAACAAUCAAACAGUGAUGGAUUGCAUUUGUAUGGAUGCCUCUGUUCUCCAUUUUGUCUGCUGCUUUUCAGUUGUUGGGUAGAAUGGAUUACAGAGAGUUGAUUGUUAUUUCUCAGCCAUGAAGUGGACGCAGCAGGAGAUGGUAUAGACAAAUACUAGGAGGACACGUGUGGUCAUGUUUUUAGCCCCACGUAAU